AAGUCUUUUUGGUGCUCAUUGGAUGGUUAUCUGCAUUUCCGUCUCUGGUUGUCUGCACUGCUUGCAGCUCAGAUCGAUGACAAUGAUCAUAAUCCUUCAUCCCAAAGAUUUGCUGCUAAUCUUUUGCAAUCUUGCGAGCGAUCUUCCCACUAUCAGAAGUAGGAAAUGUCAUUAAUGAAUUGUGAUUGCCAGCUUAAUUGAUCACGAAUGAUACCAAUGUGGAGAGUGGUUUCUUGAAGCCUAAGUUUUUGGCAAUAUGCUACACUGUUGACGUGAGAUUUCGAAGAGUUCGAACAAUGAUAUCGAUCAUUUUUUAAAGGAAACUCCAGGAUAUUCUAUGCAUUUUAUAGCAGGAUAAUAUGAUUAGAUAACCAAAUGUUGUCUCGAAAAUGGGCAAUAUUCAUUCUCAAGGUAGCAUAUCCUACAUGACUUUGCAAGUUACCUAGAAGGACUUGAGAGCAAUCCCGACAUUGAUCGCAGCGAAACUUUGGGACAGUUCAUCAACUCACGGGGUUACUCUGAAUUGUUCCAAAAGGCUUACCUUAUCCCAAUUUGUGGUUCAAUCUGGUCUUGCUCUUCGGAAGGAGUCAUGAGCUUUUCAGCCUUCUCGGUUCUGUCCUUUUGCCGCAAUCAUCAUCUGCUUCAGGUUUUUGGCCGCCCUCAGUGGCUUACAGUCCGAAGACGCUCGCAUUCUUACGUCAAUAAGGUCAGAGAUGAGCUUGAGAGUAGAGGGUGUGAAAUAAGAACAAGUUGUGAAGUGCAAUCCAUCUCAACUAGUGAUGAGGGCUGCGUCGUCCUAACUGGAGAUGGUUCUGAAGAAGUAUAUGAUAAGUGUAUUGUAGCCGUCCAUGCACCGGAUGCUCUGAGAUUGUUGGGGGACCAAGCAACUUACGAUGAAAUGAGAGUCCUGGGUGCAUUCCAAUAUGCCUACAGCGAGAUUUAUCUUCAUCAUGACAAAACUUUCAUGCCCAAAAACCCAGCAGCGUGGAGUGCAUGGAAUUUUCUUGGGAGUACUGAAAAUCAAGUGUGCUUGACGUACUGGCUCAAUGUGCUUCAGAACCUUGAUCAGAAGGAUUGGCCGUUUCUCGUGACUCUCAAUCCUUCACAUGAACCGCAACACACAUUGCUUAAGUGGUGCACUGGCCAUCCAAUUCCAUCUGUUGCCGCAUCGAAAGCUUCACUUGAGCUAGAUCAGAUCCAAGGAAAAAGAGGAAUUUGGUUCUGCGGAGCAUACCAGGGGUAUGGCUUCCAUGAGGAUGGAUUGAAGGCUGGCAUGGCUGCUGCACAUGGAGUGAUAGGAAAAAGUCCUUCUGUUCUUGAGAAUCCUCGGCAUAUGGCUCUUUCACUCAAGGAAAUGGGGGCACGCCUUUUUGUUACGAGAUUUCUCAGGCGUUAUAUUACUACUGGCUCAGUAACUUUGUUAGAGGAAGGAGGCACGAUGAUUACCUUCGAGGGAACCAGGGAAAUAUGUCCACUGACAGUUACCUUGAGGAUCCACAGUCCACAGUUUUACUGGAAGGUCAUGACUCAGGCCGAUCUAGGCGUAGCAGAUGCAUACAUAAAUGGUGAUUUUUCUUUCGUAGACAAAGAUAAAGGCCUUCUAAAUCUUUUUCAGAUUCUCAUAGCCAACAGAAAUACUGAUAAUUCUGUCUCGAGAUUAAUUAAGAAAAGGGGUUGGUGGACGCCAAUGUUAUUAACAGCUGGUAUUGGUUCGGCUAAGUACUUCUUCAAGCAUGUAUCAAGGCAAAACACUUUAACACAAGCUCGCAGGAACAUCUCCCGGCAUUAUGAUCUGAGUAAUGAACUUUUUUCGCUGUUCUUGGAUGAGACUAUGACAUACUCAUGCGCGGUUUUCAAGAUGGCAGGCGAAGACCUAAAGGCAGCACAGAUGAGAAAGAUCUCUCUCUUGAUUAAAAAAGCGAGAAUUGAAAAGACGCACAAAGUUCUUGAAAUCGGCUGCGGUUGGGGAAGCUUGGCCAUUGAAGUUGUCAGGCAAACCGGAUGCAAAUACACCGGCAUUACUUUGUCGAAAGAGCAAUUGAAGUAUGCUGAAUUGAGAGUGAAAGAAGCGGGCCUUCAGGACCGCAUCACAUUUCUUCUUUGCGAUUAUCGCCAAUUGCCAAGUACCUACAAAUAUGACAGGAUCAUUUCCUGCGAGAUGAUUGAAGCAGUCGGCCACGAAUACAUGGAGGAGUUCUUCGGCUGUUGCGAAUCGGUGCUGGCCAAAGACGGACUUCUUGUUCUACAGUUCAUAUCCAUACCCGAUGAGCGGUAUGACGAAUACAGGCAAAGUUCAGACUUCAUAAAAGAAUACAUCUUCCCCGGUGGCUGCCUGCCUUCGUUAAGCAGGAUAACGUCAGCUAUGGCCUCUGCGUCUCGACUUUGCGUGGAGCAUCUGGACAACAUAGGAAUCCAUUACUAUCAAACACUUCAGUGUUGGAGGAAGAACUUCAUGGAGAAGCAGAGGAAAAUAUUGGCUCUGGGAUUCGACAAAAAGUUCAUAAGGACGUGGGAGUACUACUUCGACUAUUGCGCAGCUGGUUUUAAGUCACACACUCUCGGAAAUUAUCAGAUUGUGUUCUCACGUCCAGGAAAUGAUGCUGCAUUCGCCGAUCCGUACGCGAGUUUCCUGCCAUCUAAUUGAUCUUUUUGUUCAGU